AUGAACGGGAGCGAUCAACAUCGGGACGGACCCCCGACCAUAGAGCAAAAUACACUCCGUAAACGAUUUUCUGAGCAAGAAGACGCCUUGCUUAAAAGUCUCGUUGAGGACGAAGGUAUUAAAAAUUGGGAAGAAAUAUCAAAAAGAAUGCCAUCACGGACAUCAAGGCAAUGUAGAGACCGUUACAAUAAUUAUUUGUUUAAAGAAAUUAUAAAUAAACCUUGGACUCCAGAAGAAGACAGAAUAAUUUUGGAAAAGUAUAUGAUACUUGGUCCACAUUGGGUAAAAAUAUCAGAGUACCUCGAUGCAAGAAGUGGCAACAAUGUCAAGAAUAGAUGGCACAAAUAUUUAAGUAAAUUAAAAAAUAUUAAUCAAGAAAAGCCGCAAGUCAUCAUGAAUCCACCUCCAGUACAAGUUCAUCCAGAGCCAUCAAUGUCUAUUCAACCACAAUAUCAACCUCAACCCGUUUAUGAUUAUUAUCAACAUCACCCUAAAAUACCAUCAAUAACAGAACUUCCGAUGGCUCAAGUGCCACAGACAAUCUCAAACAUCCCAUUUUCAAUAGAUAUCUUUCUAAAUCAAACGUCGCACCUAUAA